CCCCGCCCUCCCCCUGGCGAGUGACUCUCGUCCCGGCUCAUCGCCAGUCCGGGCAGCGGCCCUUGGCUCCCCCCCCUCCUCCUCUCCCCACUCGGGAGCAGGGAGAAGACGCGCAGACAGCAGCAGCAGUAGCCGCUGUGGCGAGCCACGGAGAGAGGCGCUCCCUCGCUCGCUCCCUCGCUUUGUCAGCCGCGGGUCCACUCGCAGGCGUCCACCAGCUUCCCCCAGCGCCCACCCGGGAGCGAUGGAGCUCCAUGUGAGCAACGUGUCGGCCACUGCGGCCUCCGUGGGGUGGUCGCCGUCAUGGCGCUGUCCGCAGGGCUGGGCCCCCCGGGCCGUGCACCACCCCGACUGGGAGCGCCCGCUGGCGGGGACGUCCCCGCGCCGGCUGCAGCGCGAGGAGCGCGUCGCGCCGGGCCGCCACCACGUGGCACUACAGGGGCUGACGCCGCUCACCGGCUACAUCGCGUGCGUGUCGUGUGCGCCCGUCCCGCCGCUGCUGCUGCUCGCGCCUCUGCAGCAGCAGCAGCAGAGGUCGUCCCAGCAGCCGCAUCUGGCACAGCAGCAGCAGCAGCCAGCGCCGCACGGGGGCGAGCAGGGCGCCUGCGUCGCGUUCCACACGACCGGCCUGGACCUGGGCAACCGGAAGAAGGAGAUGGCGAUCGCCAUCUGGGUGUCGAGCAGCGUGCUGUUGCUGCUCAUCGCUGCCUUCCUGCUCUACGGCUGCCUGCGCAUCUGGUGCCGCCGGCGCAGGGAGCUGGGCAAGGGCACGGUGGCCGGCGGCGCCACCAAGCAGCAGCAGCCGGAGGAGCAGCAGUUGUUGCUGCUGAUGCAGCAGCAACAGCAGCAACAGCAGCGUCACCAACAACCAGAGCAGCAGCAGCCAGACCAGGAACAGCAGCAGCUGGAGUUGAAGAAGCAAGAGGAAGAGCAGCAGCUGUUGCUGACACAGCAGCAGCAGGAGUGUCAACUACAGCAGCAGCCAGUGCAGGAGGAACAGCAGAUACACCAAAGACAUCAACAUCAGGCGAUGAGUCAGCACCAUCGUCCGCAGCGGCAGAAGCAACGGGAGCAGCAGGAGGAGCAGCAGCAGGAGCGGCAGGAGGAGCAGCGGGAGGAACAGCAGCAUGAGGGGCAGCAGCAGGAGAAGCAGCAACAGCAUGAGGGGCAGCAGCAGCAGGAGCGGCAGGAGGAGCAGCAGGAGGAGCAGGAGCGGCAGGAGGAGCAGCAGGAGCAGUGGGAGAGCGACGCUGUGGAUCGUGCCGAGCAGGGAGGGCUCGCUGUGCAAGAGCAGCAGCAGGGGGAACAGCAGCAGGAGAAGGAGCAGCAGCAGGAGGAGGAGCGGGAGAGUGACGCUGUGGAUCGUGCCGAACAGGGAGGGCUCGCUGUGCAAGAGGAGCAGCAGCUGGGAGGGCGAGCGGCGACUCCAAGCCCGGACCCCGGCCGGACGUUUGACCCCGGGGAGCUCGCCCCGAGCCAGGGCCAUGUGGCCGCGGUCGCUGGUGGAUCUGGGCUGGCAGAGUGAGAGGGUCCCGAGCGGUGGAGCUGCCGCGGGGGGACCGGCGUCUCGGUGCGAGUGGAGCUGGGCGCUGCCGAGUUUGUGAUCCAUUCGGUUUUGCUGGCGCGGUCGAUGACUCGCGCUGCUGUAACUCGGCCCUGGUCUGGGCAGCCCAGAGAUCACGGCGCCGAGCCGGUGACCCCGAGGUCCUGGGGUCAAAGCUGGGUUUUGGCCGCGAGGGGUUAAACCGGGUUUCUUAAGGGUGGCGAGUUGAUGGUCGAAGCCCGUUCACCAACGAUGCGCGGAGAUCUAGACUCCAAUACCGACAGUCAUCGACUUACGAACACUUCGUUCCUGGGGCCCGUUCGGAAGAAAGAUGCUCUUAAGUAGAGGACUGCAUGUGGAGACCCAUAGACUCCCAUAGAGUCCUACACAUUCACGUAGGCCGAGUUGAUAUUAAACCAGGGCCCUCACGUGUAGGCAAUUGAUGUGGUCUCAGCCCGGCCAUCAAUGGCGACACAAAAUACACCACCAUGUUACUUUUGGGUCUGCACUGAAUUUGGCCGAAUUCCAGCUCCGACAAUUAAAAUAUCGGUUUGACCAGUCACGCCACAAACAUUACCCUCAUUUGGCAGAAGGGCUGGGAAGGUGCUUCCCGCUACCAUGUAGACCGGAAGCCACGUGAAGGAGGGGAUCUCAGAGGUGGCCCUGUGAUGGUGGCUGUGACAGUAUCAUGGACACACUUUCACUGUGGCUCUCCUGCUCUGGGCCAUUUCUCUGCCGAACAUCGACCUUCCACCAAAGCGUAAACCAGACCCAGCGUCUGUGAAAUAACGCACAGGAGAUGUACAAGGUUUACAUUCGUUUUGUAAUGCCACUCGCAUAAGGAUGAAAUCAGAAAGGUUUAUUUUUGUAAUUUCGUUCUCACCGUCAUCAUUAUCGACAUCACCACAUUGCUUCACCCUUUUUACUAAUAGAUCAACCGUGCUUAUCCCAUGAUGUUUAACUUAAUCAAUUCACUGUUGAAUGAAGGCUACCCGAAAGCAACUAACAUCUAUCACGAUCAUGUGAUGCAGUGAUCCACACUCACAGCCACGCAUAAGCCGAUUCCAUCGCUCCAUCUCCUUGUUUAACCUCCUGUCGGACGCGUUCCGCUCUGCAUCGUUUCAUUUUCAUGUAGUGGUGCGUUGAGUAAUCAGAUUACCUGUAAUCGUAUAUUAUUAGGGUUAGAAUAAUCAGAUUAUCCUAACCGUUUUGACGAUCUACUGCUGGAUGAGGCCAUGUUGUAUGGGUCAGGGUGGUUAUUUUGACCGUACAUCACCACGUUGGCCUGCAGGGGCUUGUGAAGGCAGGGAGUGUAGUAGGUGUGGGUAGCACGGGAGUGCAGUACAACAAUGGAUUUUCCUGCACUGCUCCCUGCUGCCCACAACGUAGCCCAAGUGGGGUGAAGUAAAUUCGGUAAUUAUCGUUAUCGACCACAUCAUCGUCAUUAUCAACGUCAUCAUCACCACCAUCGACAUCGUCGGGUUUAGAUUCUCAAAUUGAGUUCCUGUAGAAGCUCCCAGUACAUCGAGAAGAACGUCGGACAUCGUACCGAAAGAAAUCCUCGCGGAAACAACCCGAGUACGCUUUGGAGCCGACGCGUCAUUACACGCCUGGCAUGACACAAGCAACGUGGGUGAGGCGUUCGGGACACUGCUGUCAAGAGUGAAGAGCCAAUCGCUCAAGAGCGCAAGCGUGUACUUAAGUGUCUCCAGGUAUUUUCUUGCCAUCUGUACGGUUAUGAUUAUGCAGUACGAUUCAAAUAUUUCAGUAUAAUCCGAGUUAACUAAUAUGAAUAAGAUGUAGGGAAGACGACCAGGGUUCUGUGUUGCAUCUAGCGAGGGUUCUGAGUGUUUUAUCGGAUUGUUUAUGGAGCUUUAUGUUGCACAGCUGGCAGCAAUGAGCAUUGUGAACGUUAACCGAUUCAACUUCCUCACUCAACUUGGGCCCAGAGCCAGGCUGCAAAUGGUCGCCACUGUGGUAAACAAACUUUAUUUGCUCAACGCCAGCCUGGGCCACAAUGGAGUGGAGAGGGCGACGUGGCCUGUUCACUGCUGGAUGAGCCUCCCUACGGCCGUCGCCAUCCCUCGUGGUCCCCACGAGACCACGAUCCGUCUCCUGCGCACGAGCCGAUCUCGGCGCUCCAUCCUCGGGUGCGGGCGCCGGCCUGUGGUUGGCAUCGUCUUGAGGCUUCCUUCCCCCUCCUUUGGCAGCCACUCUGUCACCGGUAUCCGUCCAAUCGGCCGUCAGCGAGAUAAGUCGGAAGGAGACAUUAACGGAGAGGGGGGGGGGAAAGCCACAGCAGCAAACGGACGACCCGAGGAUAGAAAUGGAUCCGGCCCCGAGUCCUUCAGACUGUGAGAGACAACGUGCGGAUGCAAUCGAGUUUUGAUUUUGUGCACAGGACAAGCGCGCAGGCGAGGCGUUGGGGGCCCUUCUGUCUCAAAGUUCAGCAGCCUUGCGGUGGCUCGCCACGGUAACGACGCUGGAGCUGACUCUAGUCGUCGUCAUCAUCAUCAAUGCCUUCCCUCGACCGCCGAUCAACCGGUUAUUCACUUGGGCUAUUCUGCUUCGUGCUGCAUGCGAAUUAUAAAGCUAAUUUCGCAGUUAAAACUGAACGUUGACUGGUAACAAUACACGCACACACCUGAUGCCGUGGCUUUAAUGACCAAAUUACGCUUCAGGAUCCGUGACAGCGCUGUAGCGUCACAAUCACAAAGCGGAUCGGUGUGAUGAGUACUCUCUACCGUGAUAGCCUCUCUAUGUUCUGUGCAAAAGGGCCAUUGCUCCAAACGUCUUCUAUUGGUAUACUUUCCCUAAGGCUACAAUGUUUUUGACGAAUGUGGUUUUUUUAAACACCUAUUUGUUUUUUCAAAGAGUUUACUUCGGCUUGUCUAGUGAUAGCGUGACACCGUGUCACAUGAUACAAAGCUCCCCCGUGUGGCCUUAACAGACUGUUGGGGCAAGUGCUGUUAGCGAGCACUUCUGCAAGCCGGCACGGCACACGAGGGGAUGGGUGGUUCAGCACUACGCCUGGCCGCCUUGGUCUCUUGAGUGGCGAUGUUAACAAAUUGCACCAGCUACACAUUUGAGGGCGAGUCGACCUAGGGGUGGCCCAGGACCAGUUCAGAAAAUCGUCACUGGUGUUUGUGGCCGUGAGCGGGAAUCUAAUUCAGGUUCAUAGCACAGGGUGCAAACCGCUGCGCCACCGUUCCCCACCGCCCGCGGGCAACACGAGGUGGCAAGGUACGGCCGCUGUCGCAAGGCUGCACGCCCGACGUGCCCGGUGCUCGCCCAACAUCACGGCUCUCCUCCCGUGCCACGGCACGCUGCUCUCGACACGUACCAGUCGGGGCCCCUUUUGUAUUUUAAGGCCACAUUCAGUGUUUCAAAGCAUCACUACUGCCACAGUACUAUUAUUAUCACGUGUUACUGCCGUUUUACGAUUCGUGUUAAGGUGAUGAUAUAGCGUGGUGAUUUUGACAAUAAAGAUCUGCUUUUACAAUG